UUAUUUUCUUAUUAAUUCCAUUAUUUCUCCACAGUCUUUCUCUCUUUCUCUCUCUGGCCAACAACUGGAAGGAUUCUUCUCUUGCUCUUGGUGUCCAUUAGAGUUCUCUUUGACCCUCUUUGAGGCUGGGAGGAGGAGGAAGGAGAAAUGGGCAAUGGGAUGGGGACUGUUGUUCUCUUGUUGCUUCUUUUUGUUUACUUUUUGCAGGUUGGAGGAGGUUUGGGCUUGGAACAAGGCCACCAGACUGAGAGGAUUUCAGGGAGUGCUGGUGAUGUGUUGGAAGAUGACCCUGUAGGAAGGCUGAAAGUAUUUGUGUAUGAGCUACCUAGCAAAUACAACAAAAAGAUUCUACAGAAGGACCCCAGAUGCCUCACACACAUGUUUGCUGCGGAGAUCUUCAUGCAUCGGUUCUUGUUGUCAAGUCCUGUCCGAACUCUUAAUCCUGAGGAAGCUGAUUGGUUCUAUACACCUGUGUAUACAACUUGUGAUUUAACUCCUAACGGACUUCCUUUGCCAUUUAAAUCACCGAGGAUGAUGAGAAGCGCGAUUCAGCUAAUUUCCUCCAAUUGGCCUUACUGGAAUAGAACAGAAGGAGCUGACCACUUCUUUGUUGUCCCACAUGACUUUGGUGCAUGUUUUCACUAUCAGGAAGAGAAAGCUAUUGAAAGGGGAAUUCUUCACAUGCUCAAACGUGCCACACUUGUUCAAACUUUUGGGCAAAGGAAUCAUGUCUGCUUAAAAGAGGGUUCCAUCACCAUUCCUCCAUAUGCCCCUCCCCAGAAAAUGCAAGCUCACUUAAUUCCUCCUGAUACACCUCGAUCUAUAUUCGUUUACUUCCGGGGUUUGUUUUAUGAUGUGGGGAAUGAUCCUGAAGGCGGUUACUAUGCAAGAGGUGCCCGAGCAUCAGUGUGGGAGAACUUUAAAGACAACCCUCUGUUCGACAUAUCCACAGAACAUCCGACAACCUACUACGAAGACAUGCAACGCGCUGUAUUUUGCUUGUGUCCCUUGGGCUGGGCACCAUGGAGUCCUAGAUUAGUUGAAGGAGUGAUCUUCGGUUGCAUCCCUGUGAUCAUAGCAGACGACAUUGUCCUUCCAUUUGCCGAUGCCAUUCCAUGGGAAGAGAUUGGAGUGUUUGUUGCCGAAAAGGAUGUUCCUAAAUUGGACACAAUCCUCACAUCCAUUGCCCCGGAGGUGAUACUAAGGAAACAAAGGUUGCUUGCCAACCCUUCAAUGAAGCAGGCCAUGUUGUUUCCACAACCGGCGCAAGCCGGUGAUGCUUUCCACCAGAUACUGAACGGGCUCGCACGGAAGCUCCCGCACGACAAAAGUAUUUACUUGAAACCGGGGCAAAAGGUGUUGAACUGGACUGCAGGACCUGUAGGUGAUCUGAAACCUUGGUAGUUCAUGCAAUAGAAAUGCAAAUGAAGUGUAAAUUUUUUGUGGUGUUUAUGGUGGUCUCUCAUAUCUCUAUGUUCUUUUUGUAGCAUUAGAUACAUAAUGUAUGUGUAUUUGACCCUCCUUGCUAUUAUAAUUAAACAUUUAAAGGUUAACAUCUUCAUCCA